AUGUAUGACGCGAUAGUGAAGAUCAUUUGGGCACUGUUAGCUGCCACCUUGAUGUUAACCCAGACCCAAGCGCAGUCUGUGUCCGAGGAUGAUUGCGCGACGGGAGUUCAUGCCAUUAUCGCCAGGGGGCAAGGUGGGGGCGAUGAUCUGAAUGUGUUGAGCACUCUUUCAGACUUGAUCCUGAAGCAGGUCCCCGGCUCGACAACUAUCGGCUUACCUUACGAUCACGAAAACGUUUUGAAUGACACUGCCAAGCUUCACACGGUUCAUGACGGUGCGGUUCUGAUGCAGCAGUUCGUGCAGGAGUACGUCGAAAGCUGCCCCCAAACUAAAAUCGUGGUAGUGGGGUAUUCAAUGGGGGCAGUUCUCCUGAUGGAUUCUCUGUGUGGAACCAGUGAGGUUGGAUUUUGUUUCGUCGCUCCUCUUGCGCCAUUCUACAACUCGAUUAUCAUAGCCGCAAUUGUGUAUGGCGAUAUAACAUACGUUCCUGGCAUGCCGUGGAAUGUGGGUAAUUGCACACUGGGUAUAGGCCUCCUUCCCCGUAUGAACUCAGCCUUGUGUCGACCCUUUGCUAGCUUAAUACGCAGCUAUUGUGAUUACGGUGAUGCCCAAUGCUGCUCGCCAUACCCAGAAGACGGCAAUGCCGCACACCACGGCUACGUAUCAAAAUACAACCAGGAUGUCGUGGACUUCAUCAAACAGCCUCGUCAAUUCUCCGGAGUCCGCUCCAAGCCUCUCACCCUCAGCCAAAAAAUCACACGAUCGACCCAGGUACCCCACCGCCUGUACUCGAACCCUCCGAGAUCUUCGCCGCCACGCGCACCCUCCGCCCCUCAAUCCAGCCGCUCCAAUUUCCCAAUCAUUCCCAUCAUCCUCAUAACCGCCAUCAGCUCCGGCGCCUACAUCUACCUCGUCAAGUCCCGCACCGGCAUCAACAAACGCCCAAACUAG